AUCAAAAUGGAUAAUAUUGAGAAUAAAAAUGAAUGGAUUAAUUGGAUUGAAGAAGCUAUUGAUAAAGAACAUAUAAAAUAUUAUGAAUAUAAAGAAUUUAAUAAAUUUCAAGAAAUUGGUACUGGAAGUUCUGGAAAAGUGUACUGCGCAAAUUGGAAAAAUUCAAAAAAAUGUUUUGCGUUAAAAUCUUUUUCUAGUCUUAACAAUGUCACCGUAAAAGAAAUUGUUCAUGAGGUAAAAAUUCACCGUAAUGUCGAUUAUCACGAUAAUAUUAUUUGUUGCCAUGGAAUAACAAAAUUUGAAUCAACAGUAGAAUAUCAUAUUAAUAAUAAUUACAUGUUAGUAAUGGAAUAUGCUAAUAGUGGUAAUCUUCAAAGCUAUUUGAAAAUAAACUUUGAUAAACUUACAUGGGAUGAUAAAUAUAAUAUGGCGAAUCAAUUAGCUUGCGCUGUAUCAUGCUUACAUGAUGAAGGAAUUAUUCAUCGUGACUUGCAUUCUGGUAAUAUAUUAGUUCAUCAAAAAACAAUCAAAUUGGCGGAUUUUGGAUUAUCAAAAAGAAUCGGGAUGUCAUCAAAUUCUCAAUCCCAAUUAUUCGGAGUGGUUCCUUAUGUUGAUCCAAAAUUUUUUAACAGACGAAGAAGUAGUAGUAAUGGCCAAACAACACAAAUUUACUCAUUAAAUGAAAAAAGUGAUAUUUACAGUAUUGGCGUAUUAUUAUGGGAAAUAUCUAGUGGAAAACCUCCUUUUUAUGUUGAAGGUGAACAAUAUAAUGUUGAUUUAAUUUUGGAAAUUUCACAAGGUCAUAGAGAAACUGUUGUUCCUGGUACACCUGAAGAAUAUGUUAAAAUUUAUACCAAAUGUUGGGAUAGGGAGCCAGAUAAUCGUCCAACCAUAUACCAAGUAGUUGAAUGUUUAAAUGCAAAAACAGAUGUAAUGAUUGAAAAUCAUCAAUUUUCAAAUGGGCAAGAGCUUAAUAAUGCUCCUCUAAAUAUCGAUAAUACACAAUUACAAGGAGAGUUAUCUAAUAAUACAGAAUCACGAGGAGAAUUAUUUAAUAAUAAUACAGAACCACAAGGAAAGAUGUCUAAACUUAUACAAAAUUUUAAUGAAAUGAAUACAGAAGAAAUUGAUACUAUAGCAGAGUCAAAUGAACAAGAGAAUCUUUUAUUUGAAAAAGAUUUUAAUGGAAUAAUUAAUGAAAUAAAUAAAUUAAUUUUUAAAUUAUUAAAUAAAGGAAUUGAAUGGAAAUUAUUAAAUGAACAAGUUAUUGAAUAUCUUGGUAAUUGUAAUAUAAGUUCACAAGAAAUUUAUAAUUGGUUAUCAAAUAAUCAAAAUAAUCCAAUUUCUAUUUUUUUACUUGGUUAUUUUAACCUUUUUAGAAUUGAAAAUUAUAAGAAAGCAUUUAAUUUAUUUAUUAAUGCAUCAGAAAAAUAUCAUACAUUAGCACAAUAUUUUGUUGGUUAUUGUUAUCAAUAUGGAUAUGGUACUAUAAAGAAUGAUAAAUUAGCUUUUGAAUAUUUUGAAAAAGUAAAAAAUUUCACAUUUGGACAAUUUAAAAUUGGUUAUUUUUAUAUAGAUGGAAUAGGUAUUAAAAAGGAUUUAAAAAGGGGUAUUUAUUGGUAUCAAAAAGCUACAAAUAAUGGAAAUAUCAUAGCUAUACAUGAUUUAGGUACUUGUUAUAAAGAUGGAAUAGGUGUUAAAAAAAAUUAUAAUAAAGCUUUUGAAUUGUUUAAUCAAUCAGCUAAAGGAGGAUAUUCGGUUGGAAUAAUGAUGUUAGGAUACUGUUAUAAUAAUGGUAUUGGAACUGACAUUGAUAAACAAAAAGCAUUUGAAUUAUAUCAGAAAUCAGCAAAUUUAGAAAAUAAAGUAGCACAAUAUAAUCUUGGUAAUAUGUAUGAAUAUGGAGACGGAAUUACUAAAGAUAUAGAUAGAGCGAUUUAUUGGUAUAAAAAAUCUGCCAAUCAAGGAGAUCCGGAUGCACAAAAUAGAUUAAAUAGAUUACAAAUACUUCAAAAAAAUCAAUAG